CAGACCAUGGCAACCCAGAUGAGAAUAUCGGAAUGGACAGGCCGACAUCUGCAAAUAAAGGAGAAGCUGUUCCAGAAUGGGCAGGCCAGCUGGCCAGAUGCAGAUUAUUACAUGCAGAUGUCAAACUGGACACAGCUGGAGAAGCUGGAGUUCCCAGACUGCAGUUUCGAGUGGAAGUCUCUGACAGACGGAACAUACAGUCUGGCGAUAAAGAGUAAGGACCCGCCCUGCAUCCCUGACUUCUUAAAGAACGACCCGCGGACCCUGAAGGUGUCUCAGCUGCACCUGUCCGUCAACAGGAUGAAGAAGAUACCUGCCGGCAUCAGCAUCUUCUCACAGGUUACAGAUGUCAAAUUGGAUCGGAACAAGCUGAAGAGUCUCACACAAGAAUUCACUGAGUUGAAGAAGAUCAAGAAUCUGGAUCUGGGAAACAACGUCUUCAAGACCUUUCCUGCACAAAUCAAGGAAUUCCGUGAACUGGAAGUCCUGCGCUUCUCUGUGAACCAGGUGGAGGAGAUUCCUCCAGGUGUGUUCCCGUGUCUUCCAAAGAUGAAGAACCUGCGGAUCGGCUCCAACAGGCUGAAGACUCUGCCCGAGGACCUGGUGAGUCUGGAGAGGCUGGAGUAUCUGAAGAUCUCCAGUAACAAGUUCACCAUGUUCCCCCCGCAACUCCUGCAGCUGCCCAGAAUCAGGCAGGUCUGUCUCUCCGCCAACAAGAUCACCGAGGUUCCCCUGGAGUUUUUCGACAAGCCACUGGAACUCUUCCAGGCAGAGGACAACCCCCUGUCAGAGCCUCCACAGGAAGUCUGCAUCCAAGGUAUAAUUGCAAUCAAGCAGUACUGCCAGUCACUGAAGGCUGGAGUCACCGAGGACAGGCGUAUGAAACUGAUGCUGUUGGGAGAUACAGGUGCAGGAAAGACCAGCCUGUGUCUGUCCCUGAAGACGGGUCAGUCAAACCUGGUGGACAUCCAGGACCGAACACACGGCAUCGACAGGCAUGACAUCACCGAGGGUGACGUGACGUUCCUUACCUGGGACUUUGCAGGUCAGCAGGACUACCUGGUCACUCAUCCUGUCUUCAUCACCAAGGAUGCCCUGGUGCUGCUGGUGGUCAACUUGGAGACAUACAGGCUUGGGGAUGAAAAGUCGUACAGGAGGCACGUUGGUGUGUGGAUCGACAACAUCGCCAUGAGAGUUCCCAACGCUGCCGUGCUCGUGGUCGGGACACAUCUGGACAGGGUUACUGCGGAAGACGCUCAAGAAAAGCUGGCUGACAUUCUCAAGAAGAUCGAGAAGGAGCAAGACAAGAGACUGAAAACAAUUGAGAGGCACAUCUCCCAGCUGAAGAGGAAGCUGGACCAGCCCGGCAGCAGGACUGAUGCUGAUGUGGUGAUGGAUCUGCUGGCUAACCUGGAGGAGAAGCAGGGAGUCAGACUCAGGGUCCACCCCCAGGGACUCCCCCUCAGCUCUGCCCCAGGACUGCAAGGGUUCGACAGCUUCAAGCAGACCGUGAGCCAUCUCGCACAAACCUACCUACAACAGGCUUGGAGGAAGAUUCCGACCUCCUGGACAAAAGUGGAGAAUCUGAUGAAGCCUUCCCAAAAGGGAAGAAGUGCAGAACCUGACACAGGACCUGGUGUGAUUGACAUUGACGAAGCUGUGGACGACAUCCUCCAUUUUACAGACGUGAAGACCCGUCAUGAGGCGAAGGUCGUCUUGAAGUACCUCCAUGGCCUCGGGCUGCUCAUCUGGUACAGCGAGAUCGACUGUCUCAAGACGUACGUCUUCGUGGACCCGGCUGUGCUCGUGGCUGUCUUCAAGGUGGUGAUCCGAGAUGGACUUCAGGAGGAGCUGGCCAGCAUCACCAUGGACCAGAUGGCAGAUGAAGGGAUGAUGUCCACUAAGUUUAAGGUAGGUCUGGACAAUUUGGAAAACAUUCAAUUCAUGCACAAGUCCCUGUGUGUGAAGUAUGACAGAUUGAUUAUGAAAAUGAGAUUGAAUUCUGUUUUUAAAUGCCGACUUCAGAACCAGCUGAAGAAGUUCCAGAGGAAGGCUCUACUCGACCACAGAAUCUUGACUAUCCUGUGGAAGAAAGCAAAAGACAACAAGAUGCUGAAUGUUCCUGAAGACGUGCAGCUUCUGGUGAAUGUUCUUGAACAGUUCCAGCUGUGUUUCACCUACACCCCUCCUGAACCUGACAUGCUCAACCCAGCAGCGCCGGCAUUCCAUCCAGGGUCGCCAUGGGCCCCGCCUAGCAACAAGCCCCCCGUGAGCCCAGACCAGCUGAGAAAAAGCACCAUGUACCUGUUUCCCUGCUACCUGCACGACACCCUCCCCUCAGACGAGUGGUCCGACCCAUGCCCAACAGACCAGGAGCAGAUCAGGGUCGGGCUGACGUUUUUCCCGGAGGUUCCUUACGGGUUUUUCGAGCGUCUGUGCGUGUGCCUGCACCAGCUGUGCCCGGGCCUGAAGCUGUGGAGGGACUCCGCCAAGCUGUGCCAGAACAACGUCAGCAUGGUCGUCAGGAAACACCAGGGUUGCCAUGGUGACAGCACUGUCAGCGAACUGCAGGACGUCUGGAACGACCCCACCAUCGAGAUGGUCGCCAGGGGCAACAAACCUGACCCUGCGGACCCUACCCCCCGUGACCCCCUGUGGGACCCUGUCCUGCGUGUGCUGGUUGUUGAUUUCGCCCAGUCCCUCCUGACCCUGUGGCCGGGUGUGAACAUCGACAUGUUCUCCCUCUGCCCCCGCUGUGAGCCGGACAAUGCUGAGGUGUUCGAGGUCCCCUUGCCUGUCAAACUGGAGAGUGACGAGGGCCAGGCCACGUACUGUGAAACUUGUGAGGACUCCGUCCCCCGCGCUCUGGUCUAUCCUGUAGGAACUGCAAACCCUGCGGCGGAGACCCUGAGCCAGUAUCCGCUCGUCAACAACAAGUCGUACUUCUACACCUACAACAUCCACAACUCGUCGCUAAGCAACUGUCAGGUGGGCAACAAGAACAACCAGGUGCAGACUGGCCCCACCCAAGGGGGGCUUGCCGGACAGGCCACAGGGGGAACAACCCCCCCAGCUGCAUCAUCAUACAGGGGGGGUGCCACAACUCCACCCACACCAUCGUACAGGGGGGGUGCCACAACUCCACCUGGAUCAUCCCACAGGGGGGGUCCACCAGGAUAUGCCAAUAGGGGGGACACCUGCCCUCUUUCAUCUGCUCACAGGGGGGGUGCCACAACCUCACCUGAAGCGUCCUAUAGGGGGGGUACCAACAUGGCUCCACAACCCUUGUAUGCUGAUGAGAACAUCCCACAGUUACAGCCUCCGUACCAACCUCCUGUAUACAGGGACAGCAUGUUGUACAGCCAACCAAUGCCAGCGUACAACCAACCCACAUCUUACAACCAACCACUGUCGCUGGCACCCCACAGUAGACUGAGUAAUCUGGCCCGGAACAUGGGCAGCCUUCGUCUCCAGCUGGAACAAGGCAAGUACAGGGGAUAUUUGCGUAUGCAGGUUGCUUACGCUUGA